GCACUAUGGCUGGAUCCUACAUCCAGCCUCUCACUUCUCCUUUUCAGCCCUGAAGCCUUUUUCACUUUCGUUUCACUUUGGUUUUACCUCCCCUCUGCCUGAGACCCAGUGAGGUAUUUCCUUCAGGGAGACCGUCUGCAACAAGCGUGUUUGAACAGCUUCUUUACAGGGUCAGGAGGGUUUGGCGGCCAGCCCCAUCCUGGGGAGCUGGGGAGCCCGUCCCGAGGAUCGGCUGUGCUGGCCCGGAGGCAGCAGGCUGGGCAGCUGCCCUUGCUGGGGGAGUGGGAAGAUGAGCGGAGGCACGGCCCAUCUCCUGACGGCUCUCUUUGUGGCGGCAGCCAUGGGCUACCAGUCACGGCGGUCUGCCACCGACCUGGAUGCCACUCCCAGGACAACGGUCACCUUUGAUGAGCUGUUGGGCGUCCGGUGCUUCAGCGCACACACCCUCAACUACAGCACCCUGCUGCUGGAGGAAGACCGGGGCAUCCUCUACGUGGGCGCCAGGGGAGCCAUCUUCGCCCUCAACUCCAGUGACGUGGCCGAUGGCUCCCACCGCACGAUCCACUGGGAAGCCUCCCCGGAGAAGCAGAUGGACUGCCUGCAGAAGGGCAAAAACAACAAGACCGAGUGCUUCAACCACGUGCGGUUUCUGCAAAGGCUGAACAGCACCCACCUCUACGCCUGUGGGACCUACGCCUUCCACCCGCUCUGCGCCUCCAUCGAUGCCGACAGGUUCACAUUGCCGUCCCACUUUGAGGAAGGCAAGGAGAAGUGCCCGUAUGACCCUGCCCGUGGCUACACCGGCCUCAUCGUGGACGGUGGCUUGUACACGGCCACGCGCUACGAGUUUCGGAGCCUCCCCGACAUCCGGAGGAACCUGCACCAGCGGCCGCUGAAGACUGAGGAGUCCCCGCUGCACUGGCUGAAUGAUGCCGAGUUUGUGGCCUCCGUGCUGGUCCAGGAGAGCAAGGACAGCCCCGUGGGUGACGAUGACAAAAUCUACUACUUCUUCACGGAGCGGGCGGGUGAGGAGACCACGUCCUUCUUUGACAAGAACCAGGUGGCCCGGGUGGCCCGGGUGGCCCGUGUCUGCAAGAGCGACGUGGGGGGGAAGAAGAUCCUGCAGCGCAAAUGGACGUCCUUCAUGAAGGCGCGCCUGGUCUGCUACAUCCCCUACUAUGAGGUCCUGCGCAGCAUCUGCAGCCUGGACGGGGGUGGCUGGGCCAGCACUGUCUUCUACGCUGCCUUCACACUCUCGGCGCAGUGGAGGACCAUGGAGGCCUCAGCCGUGUGCCGCUACAGCAUCUCGUCGGUGCAGCAUGCCUUUGAGGGCCCCUACAUGGAGUACCAGGACUCAGCUCGCAAGUGGUCCCGCUACGAUGGUGCGGUGCCUGAGCCCCGGCCCGGCUCCUGCAUCACGGACCACUCCCGCAGGAAGGGCUACAACUCCUCACAGGACCUGCCCAACAGCGUCCUGGACUUCAUCAAGCUGCACCCCCUCAUGUUUGAGGAGGUGAAGCCGGCUGGCGGGGAGCCGCUGCUGGUGAAGAAGAGCGUGGCAUACAGCCAGCUGGCUGUGGACAGGGUGCGGGCCCUCGACGGCCACUCCUACGAUGUGCUCUUCAUGGGGACGGGGGAUGGCUGGAUCCACAAGGCUGUGGUGGUGGGCUCCAGCAUCCACAUUGUGGAGGAGUUGCAGGUCUUUGGGGACCAGCAGCCUGUGGAGAGCCUGAUGAUCUCCCACGCCCAGAGGAGCCUGUACGUGGGGGCAGCCAGCGGGAUCCUGCAGGUGCCCCUGGCCUCCUGCGCCAGGUAUGCCUCCUGCUACGACUGCAUCCUCGCCCGGGACCCCUACUGCGCCUGGGACGGCAGGGCCUGCCGCGCCACCGCCACUGCAGACAGCACAGGGCUGGUGCAGGACAUUCAGAGCGGCAACGAGGGAUGCCGGAGCAGCUCUGGGCGGGGCUCCCUGCCGUGGAAGAACCGGACGGUGCUGCAGGGGGACGACGUGCUGCUGCCCUGCGACCAGCACUCCAACCUGGCACGAGCCGUCUGGCUGCUGAACGGCAGCGAGGCGCCGGGCACGGGGCAGGACCGGCUGCGUGUUGGGGUGGACGGGCUGCUGGUGACGGACACGUUGCCCCAGCACAGCGGCGAGUACCGCUGCUACGGGGAGGAGCGGGGUCUCCGGACACUGCUGGCCGCCUACAGCCUCACCGUGCUGCCCGAGCUGCCUCGCGGCCCCACGGCUGCCUCACGGCCCCACGCCGCCAGCCAGGCAGCCGGCGACAUGAAGGUGGCUUACGUCUCCGCCAUCGUCGCCUUGGUGGUGCUGUGCACCGUACUCAGCACCGUCCUCCUCUACGUGUCCUGCCUGGAGAAGCGCAAGGGCAAGUACGUCCUGGGGGAGCCGCGGCCAGCCAGCGUGGAGCUGCAGACCGUCUCGGCCAACUGCCUGCGCAAGGGCCGCCGGGAGGAGGAGGAGGAGGAGGAGGAAGAGCUCACCUACCCCGACGGCUGCCUGCGGAUCAUCCCCGGCGAGGCGCCCACGGCUGCCACCUCCCCAGUCAAGGAGCUGCCAGCUGCCGUACCCCCGCUGCCGCCGCCACCACCGCUGCCGGCCGAGCUCACCAACGGCGUGGGGGCUCUGCCGAACGUGCUCCGCAAGAUGAACGGCAACAGCUACAUGCUGCUGCAGCAGCAGGAGGAGCCGCUGGCCUCGCCGCUCUACAGCGCAUCCUUCACCGAGGAGCUCAGCAAGAUCCUGGAGAAGCGGAAACACAUGCAGCUGGUGGAAAAGCUGGACGAGAGCUCCGUGUAGGGGCCGGAGGGGGGGGUCCUGCCAGCGGGACCCUCCUGCCCUCCGGCCCCUUCUCCCACCCCCUGCCAGCAGUGUUACAAGACUCAGGCAAAACUACCUCCUGGAUGGCAGAGCCGGGCCGGGCCCGGGCUCGGCUGUUCCUUUGGCUUUUCACUCACUUUUGAGACUCGCUGUACAGAAGAAAAAAAAGAAAAAUAUCUAUUUAAAUUUGGGAGCUCUAUUUAUGUAUAAAAACCCACCGACGGCGGCCACGAGCUGGAGGCAGGAGCUAGUGCCUGGCUGAAGGUGGACACCAGGGUGGGGAGGGAGAGUUUCUGUCUGUCCGUCCGUCCAGGCGUGAGAGAUGCUGUUGUGGACGCGUGGACUCUGGCCUGCCCCGCUGGGCGUCCCUCAGCGCAUGGGAGCUGGACUGCUGCUGAGAGGGUUUCCUCUCCGGGAGAGGACAAUUCGGCGAGGGACUGAGCCAGGGCAAGGAGACCAUGUCCCCGAAUGCCCCAGAGCAGCUGGUGGAGCAGCACGUGCCCCCUGCAAGGAGGCCCCAGGUGAAAUUCAGGGCUGGUGCCCUGGGGAGGUGGCACCCCCGGGGCCUCCAACCCUGACAGGGCUCUGCCCCCUCUCUCCAAGGUGCUGCAGGGGAAGAGCAGGAUGCAGCAGCAGGCAGCAAGAUGCACUGGCAGCCACUGCCAUGCCCCACAGCAUGACGAGGGACCAGCACAGCACUCGCAUCCCCCCCCACCCCCAAUGUCCGUAGUGCCCCCACAGCCCCGGGCACCACAUUUCUGCCCUCCUGCAUGGUGCCAUUGGAGAACUGGGGUUCAGGCACAGCCCUGUCCCCUGUGGGACAUGUGGGAGGGGAAGUGUCCUCACACAGUGAGGAGCCCUGGACAAGGACCUGCCUCCCUCUGGGGCCUCCUGCUCUUCAUGGCACUUUCCAGGGGCAGCCACUGUCCCUAAAUCCCCCCAACUACCUCUGUUCCUGCCGCCUCCUGGGGGAACCCGAGGGACUGGGGUGACAAAAGCAUCUCACACCUUGGGGACAAGGCAGCGACACCGGAGAAGCCGGGGAGGGACAGACUUGCUGGGGUGUGUGUCCUCCCUUCUGUGUUCCUUACUGGCACCUCCAGGAUCAGGACAUUGCCUGAAGCUCAGCCCUGCAGGGGGGGCAGGAGGGGCGUGGCAGCCCCUGGGGUCCCUAAUGGGCUGGAGCCCUGGCCCUCCUGCCCCAGAAGAGUGAGGCUUACUGGGAAACGGCAAGAGCUGGAUGCCUGGGCUCUCCCAUCCUGCCCCCACCCUUGUUUUUGUUGCAAGGUGUGGGGGCGGCAAUCCACCCCCCAAGCACACACCACACCACCCCCCCCCAAGGAGGGGCACUGCCCUCCGUGUCUGGCACCCCUUGUGCACAGCCCCACGUGCCCCCUGGCAAUAAACGCGGCUCUGUCUGGA